AAAUCACAUUCGGACAUUCCCAUGUACUUACUUCCAUGGAUCUCGACAUGCACCCUCCACCCCAAUCACUGCUUCAACCCGGACAGGAUAUUCAGAUAGCUUCAGACAUUGACUGGGUGAGCCUCCUUUCUGGUCCCUCCAUAUUUGGCGAUCAGUCCUUAGCAGCUGAGAGUACUGGAGGAGCUAAAAAUGGCAGAAUCAAACAUAAUAGAAAAGCUAGCAGGACCAACAAAGCUAUUCCACCAAAGAUUUCCUUCCAUACUAAGAGCCCCGAUAAUAUUCUAGACGACGGGUACAGGUGGCGGAAGUACGGACAGAAGGCUGUAAAGAACAGCAUCCACCCCAGAAGCUACUACCGCUGCUCAAAUCAUACGUGCAACGUGAAGAAACAAGUCCAACGACUCUCAAAAGAUUCAAGCAUCGUCGUGACAACAUAUGAGGGCAUCCACAACCAUCAUUGUGAAAUGUUGAUGGAGAGCUUAAGCCCACUGCUGAGGCAAUUGCAAUUCCUCUCUGGAAUCUAGAGCCAGUCCUUUUUCUAUGUCUUACUGCAAAAUCAUAAUUGUACAAUGCACUUGCGUCCCUAGUAUUGUCAAAGUAUUAAUUUAAAUAAUUAAAUCAAUCA